AUUUUUAAUAGUGGUUUGUUUAACAACCAACUUGCAAACUUCCCAAAUAUUGAACAACGGCUCUUGAAAGUCUGUGAACUGGCUCAGCACACUACUGCUUAACAGAACUUAAAGACUCCUUGGAAGUACCAUAUUCAGAUUUUAAAUACUGUUUGUUAAGAUUCCAUUAUAUGCUGAACACUAUGCUGAGGAAGUUUGCAUACAUUUUCUCAUUUAAUUCUCAUAACUCUAUGAGAUAGAUACUAUCACCUUUUUUUUUUAAUAAAAAACCUGAGGCUUAAUCUAUUCAAAGUCAGACACCUAGAAUGUAACAAAACUAAGAUUUGAGCCCAGGUCCAUGCGCUUUCUACUCACUGCCUUCUGAAGCUUACAGUAUAAAUAAGACUGGGGCAAGAAAAAGAAUAACUAGCACUUGACUCCUCCAUUUUCCUGAAGUUAUUUAGCCCACUCCCACUCCAGGUCCACUGUGAACCCAUAAAUCCUGUGCCUCCUUAGACAAAGGGAGUGUCAGUCGUAGUAAUUCUUCAGGACAUUACCAUGGUUACCAAACACAGAGUCCAGUGCUCCAGACUGGACAUUCCAGAAGAGGACAAGGAGGAGCUGAGAUGGCCUUCUUCAACUUAUAUCUAUUGGGAUAUCAGAAUUCCUUUCGGAACAAGAAAAGGGACAUAACUGAAGAAACAAACCAGAGAGAACUGGUGCCCACUAGGCUUCCCCCUAUUAUCUCAGAAGAUGGGAAUUAUUCCGUGCACCAGAAUAGCCACACAAGGUACCACGAAGCUGUACGGAAGGUGUUACUAAAGACAUUCCCCAAUCAGGUCUUCAGAGUCCCCUUGACUGAUGCUCAGAACUUCAGCUUCUGGCGGUCCCACCAUCCAGGAGUGCGCCCAGAGGAAACCAUGCCAUGGAUCCGGAGCCCCCGCCACUGCCUCAUUAAAAGCCCAAUGACCAAGUUUAUGGAUCACUCUAUUCUCAAUGACAGAACCUUUAGUCUAUAUUGAGCAGGAUGUGUUUGCAGAACAAGAUGGACUGUGGAAGGAGGACAAGAAAGGGGAAAGAGGGAGAAGGUGUCCUGGUUCCGAUGGCUGACGAUGGGAGGAGGGGAUCAAGAAAGCAGAGUAAACAGAUUGGACU